CCUCAAUGGGACAUUCCACCCAUUUCAAACAAGCAAGCUUUGUCUGCUUGCGUUUGCGACACACCAGCCACAAGCAAGGCCAGCCAGCAAGCCAUUUCUCUCCCGUCCCCGUGCGUGUGCUUGCCUCACCUGCCUGCGUCUUUGUGUCGUGUCCUCGCUUGAAACCUUCCCUCCACCCUCCACCACCUCCACCAGCUCCACUGCCACCAAUCAUGUCGGGCUACCAGCAGAAGGGUCAGGGCGCUCCCCCACCCUACCAGCCAUACGGCCAGCAGCCACCCCCACAGCAGCCAUAUGGCGCUCCUCCUCCUGGCCAGUACCAGCACCAGCAUCACCACCAUCAGGGCCCUCCUCCCCAGGGUCAACAGCAGCACAUCACCGUCGUGCAGACUGAGAACGAGACGUACUGCGGCCCCAUUUCGUGGAUCAUCGGCCUGUUCCUGUUCCCCUGCAUCUGCUUCUGCCCUGUCGACAGUCGCCCCACGGGAACCACCAUUGUCCACCACCAGUAACAACGUGACAACGCGGACACAACAACCCUUGCCUUGCCUCCCCCGCUCCCGAUUGUUUCAUCGUGUUGCUUCUGGACCUGCCUGCCUGCCUGCUCUCCCUUCGUUUUGUUAUCUCUCGCCCGCAGCUGCCAGCGACCCUGUGAGGAGCCAGUGACUUGUGCUUGGUGUGCUGCUGUGGCGUGGUGACAACAUGCAAUGCAUGACUGCGCUGCGCCUCUCUGGUUCCUGCCCCUGCUGUGUUGGCUGGCUGCUUCUUCUUCCCUCCACCCGUCUUUACACCGUGGUUGUCGUUUAUGCCUGUUUCACCUUCGUCAUCAUCCAUGCGUUUUAUUCACGACACAUCGUGCUUGUCAUUCGUUCCUUGCCUUGCUUGACCCUAAGUGCCGCCACGUUUGACCCUGUUUUUUUGUUGUGGUUGUGUUUUUUGUGCAUGUGUGCGUGUGGGUGUGUUUGCACUUGCAUGCGGUUGCGUGCGGGUGUACUGCCGCGCCCUUGCUCUCCCAAACCCAUGCGUCGUUCACGCUCAACACAAAUACACACGACACCAAAGUCA